CUCCUCUGCAUAACAAUAAUCUGUCAUCACUGCUUACAAGACUGGUAAUGGCUGAAAUGCAGUCUCCAAGGAUAGCAGGAAGAAAACGAGGCAGACCCCCACUUCACUCGGCACCUAUGAAAAUGGCGGUCCACAACCUUUACUCUUCUUCUGCCUGUUCCUUACCAGUUGUGAAGAUCCCAAAGAAAAGAGGCCGAAAACCUGGGCACAAGCUGAAGUCUCGUGUUCUAAUGACUCCUUUAGCAAUCUCCCCUCCGCGUCCGCCGCGAAGCACACCGGAGCCAGAUGUCAGCUCCAUCCCUCAGGAUGCAGCCGCCAUGCCCAGCUCAGCAGCAGCAGCGCAGGCGCUCACAGGUCCUUUCCUUGGUGGCUAUCACCCUCCUGAAGUCACCCCCCAGUUUCAUAGAAGACCAAGAAGAGCAAUUUGCAUUUAUGUCAACAAACAAGCCAACUUGGGGCCAUACCUGGAGAGAAAGAAGGUACAGCAACUCCCGGAGCACUUUGGGCCUGAGAGGCCCACAGCAGUCCUGCAGCAGGUGGUUCAGGCAUGCAUUGAUUGUGCAUACCAACAGAAGACAGUCUUUUCCCUGGUCAAGCAGGGAUAUGGUGGUGAGAUGGUAUCUGUCUCAGCUUCUUUUGAUGGGAAACAGCAUCUCCUGAGCCUGCCGAUGGUGAGCAGCUUUGGCUGUGUCUUAAGCUUCUUGAGGAAGCUAUGUCAGAGCCUGUUGUGUGACAACCUCUUCACCAGCCAGCCUCUCCCCCAGUACCCCAGGGCUCCUGAGCAUGGUCCAGAUUAUGAGGACAGGAGGAUGGAGUCAGCCAAAACUGUCAUCUCGGAAGAUUACCUGUUGGACCCUGUGGGUAUGAAGCGCUACAGUGUGGACCCCUCCAAUUCUGCCUUCAGUUGCAUGGGCUCUUCCUCUUCCUCCUCCUUGUAUUCUGGGAGGUUGAGCUCUGGAGAUGGAUGCCUUGGGAGAGGCCUCCCAACUUCCUCCUGCAGUCAUCGAUCUGGCCCCAUGUCCUCAAGUGGCCCCUCAACUGUUGGUCUGAGGCAUCAGGCAUCCAGCCUCAUGAGGAAUGGCACUUAUUUGGAAGGAAACAAAAGUGCUUCAAGUCCUUCUCCAGAUGGACAAGAUGCCGCCCGACCAGCCAGCAAGAAUCCCUCCACCUGGACUGUGGAAGAUGUAGUCUGGUUUGUGAAAGAUGCUGAUCCCCAGGCCUUAGGACCUCAUGUGGAGCUCUUCAGAAAACACGAAAUUGAUGGCAAUGCAUUGUUACUGCUAAAGAGUGACAUGAUCAUGAAGUACCUGGGCUUGAAACUAGGGCCAGCACUGAAACUUUGCUACCACAUCGAUAAACUCAAGCAGUCCAAGUUCUGAGAUUCUCUAGAGCAUAGAAACCAGAUGUUGACACCAGUAAAAGGGUAGACUUUAAGGUAAUAUGCUGCCUUACCAACAUACAACUCCAACCACAAAAUUUUUUCCUUAAAAUAACAAAAACUAAAAACAAAGACUUUAGUUUUGGGUUUUUUUCAACAUUUGUGCAUUUUUACCUUUUUUUGUUAAAAAAAAAAUCAAGUAUAGCCUUUUAAAGUGGCUGCUUCAUGUUAACAAGUUGCAAAAAACAAAAAAGUACAAAUUUUAAUAAUUUUUUAAUGUUCCUAAUAUCAUUGUUUUUCUUAAAGUAGGCCUUAUUUUUAUAACCCCAAAGUGAGAACACUGCAUAUAUCAGCCCUCUGAGACACCUUGGGGAGUGACAAAGAGACUAUAAGAAGAGAGACAACCCUGGCAGACUCUGGGGGUGAGGGAAUUAAUCCCUGGUUUAUUAUAAAGUGUUGCCAUUCCAAACAGUGCCAACAGCAGCACUGCCCAGUGUUACAUACAACACCUAGGACAUUUACAGUGUUGGUCAGUUUGGUUCAGCUCUCAGAGAUACUUCUGAGAAUGACUUCUUUGUCUUGCACUAUGUGGAAAACUUGAAUUCUUUUACUUCCCAAAAAAUGAGAGAGAGAGAGAAAUGAGAGCACAAAAGAGAAGAAGAAAGAAGAGGAGAGGAGGAAAGAGAGAAGAGAAGAGAAGAGAAGAGAAGAGAAGAGAAGAGAAGAGAAGAGAAGAG